AGGUAUGCCUUGUCUUCACUCUAACUCCACUCUUAUUGUUUUCGCCAACGAUUACUUUGCUUUCCUUCACUCUCAACCUUCUAAACCAAUCAAAUCUACAAGAACCCAACUAGAGCAGCCAGUGAGAAACUCACCCACAAUCACAACUGUUGAGGAUGCUUUCAAUGUGUUUGAUAGAAUGCUUCAAAUGCGUCCUCUGCCUUCAGUUGUUCGUUUCAAUAAAAUAUUGUGUCAAGUUGCGAAAUUGAAACAUUAUUUGCCAGUCAUCUCCUUGUAUAACCAAAUGGAUGUGUCGGGAAUUGGACCUGAUGUUUAUACCCUAACCAUUCUCAUUAAUUGUUAUUUAUUGUCAUUUGGACUAAAUGGGUUUUAGUUUAUCUGUCUUGGGAAAAUUCUUCAAAGUUGGUCUUGAACCAAAUGUCUUUACCUUCACCACUCUUAUCAACGGCUUUCUUCUCGAGAACAGAGUGGCAGAGGCGGCAGGAAUUUUCAACAAAAUGAUUGUGGGAGGUAAUUGUCAGCCUAAUGUGGCUACUUACGGCACACUAGUAAAGGGCUUUUGCAUGAAAGGUAACAAUAGUGCUGCUAUUCAGUUGCUUAGGAAGAUGGAGGAAGGAGCUUGCAAGCCUAACCUAGUUGUCUAUAACACAAUCAUCGAUAGUCUUUGUAAGGAUACACUAGUUGAUGAUGCAUUAAACCUCUUCUCAGAAAUGAUGUGCAAGGGUAUUGCCCCAAAUGUCAUUAGCCAAAAUUUCUCUCAACAGUCUCUUGCCAAUGAAACCCAACUCUUUUCCAUCACCAAAGGUUCUAAAACCAUUUCUGCUUAUCUUUCUCAUGCCAAACAUCUUGCUGAUCAAUUAGCUGCCAUUAAUGCUUCCGUCUCCAAUACUGACUUGGUUGCCUAUGUGCUUCGAGGCCUUAGUCCUGAUUACCAAAUGUUUGUCACUGCCAUUCUGAAUUUUUCACCCCUACCCUCCUUCUCGGAUCUUCAUGCACGUCUCCUUGCCUUUGAAGGGCAGCAACCUAUUGCCACUCAAAUGGCUCCUACUCCUGCGCCCACAGCUUUCCUUGCUGCUCAACCUCGUGGUCACCGCUUCCGUAGUGGCCGUCCCAGAGACACUCCGGCUCACUCCUCUCCUGCUAGCUCUUCUCUAUUUUACACACAUGGCUCUUCUCCUACUUUCCCUUGGACUCCGCGUGGCUCUUCUAAUUUAGGUGCUCCUCCCACCUCUCGACCCCCACCGCAGUGUUGGACUUGCCAUCAAUUUGGUCACAUUGCUGCUCAUUGUCCCCAGUCCCGUACCUUUGCCGGAAUGCAUAUUACCUGCUCCAGCUAUAUGUCCACAGCCCAACACACAAGCCCACACACAAAUCCCGAUCCCACCCUCACAGCCCAACCUGCCUCUCAUCCCUAUCACCUCUCUUCCACAAUCGACCCCACCUCUCUCUGUGCCAUCUUCUUCCCAGCCACAUGCUAGAACACCAGACCGCACUCCAUCACCUCUGCCGCCAGAUCAGACUCGUUCUCUCUCUCCUUCCUCAAUCGCUGAUCCUGUGUCACAAUCUCCAUCUUCCUUAUACCCCAACCUGCAAUUGCCACCAACUCCACCAUGUUCCGACGAAUUGGUCCAGCCCAUUACUAGUCGCCUCAGUCAGAUCCGCACUCACUCCAGAUCGGGUAUUUCCAAACCAAAUCCUAAAUAUGCCAACUUUUCUACACGAUACCCUCUUCCUCAUGCCUUCACAGCUCUCCUCGACAUUGAUGUCGAACCCACAUUCUUUACCCAAGCUUCUCGCUCCUCAGAAUGGAUGCACGCCAUGCAUGAUGAAUUUAAUGCCCUCCUCAAACAGGGUACUUGGUCUUUGGUCCCACCUUCCUCUACUCAAAACAUUGUUGGAUGCAAAUGGAUUUUAAAAAUCAAACGACGAUCUGAUGGUACGAUUGAGCGCUACAAGGUACGCCUUGUCGCAAAAGGCUUCCACCAACAGUUUGGGAUUGACUAUUUUGAUACAUUUAGCCCAGUUGUUAAACCCACCACAAUUCGGACUGUUCUUAGCAUUGCAGUAAGUUCAGGUUGGCCUAUUCAACAGCUCGACGUCAAGAAUGCCUUCCUUCAUGGCACCCUAUCCGAAACAGUUUAUAUGCAACAACCCCCCGAGUUUGUUGAU